CGGCACUUCCCCCCGAAUGCCAGCGUCGCCGCUGAAGCGCCCUGCCCGAAUCCGAGAUGGCUACCGCAAGCACGGGGUGGCACUCUAGCUACCGCCAGUGCCUCUCUAUUGCCAGGGAGGGACUCUCUAGCCGCGUCCUCCUUGAUUUUUGCCCGAUACCCCAUCGGGGAGGCACUCCAGCCGCUGCUCCGCACUUCUCUAUGGUUCCCGUGGGGGCGCCCCCUAGCCGGGCGCCGCACCGCCUUCUGGCUAGGCGCUGCCGGGGACGCUCUAGCCGGAGACUCUGUGGCCAGGGAGGCGAUGGAGCUGGCGCUGGGGUUCGAAUUCGAGGAUUCGGUGUUCGCCCAGAGCAGGGACAGGGGCCGGGGCGGUGGCUGCGCGGCCUACACCGCCAAGCGCUGCGAGCCUCAGUGGUUUUGUGAGGAUGCAAACAGCGAGGGUGAUGUUGAAAUUCUAACUGCCAAAAAAUUCAGAGGUGAUUUGGCAUACAGACAACAAGAGUUUCAGAAAGCCCUGUAUGAGUACUCAAGCUGCUUGCUGCUGUUACCUUCCAGUAACGUUGCAAUGAGAAGAGAUGUCCAAGAGGGCCAGGCUCGGUGUUUAGCUCACCUAGGAAGGCACCAGGAGGCUCUGGAUAUUGCAGAAAAACUGAGAAAUGGGGCAACUAACACUGAUCAUUUAACAACUGUCCUCAACCUUCAGUUUGCCAUUUAUUGUCGCCUGAAAAAUAUAGAGAAAAAGAUCACAUGCCUACAGCAACUGAUUUCCUUACAUCCUUUUAACCCAUGGAACUGGAAGCUACUUGCUGAGACUUAUAUGAGCUUUUUACAGACUCUGCCUCCAUCAUUCAUUUCAGAAAUGAAACAUCUUCAAUGCAAAGAUUGUACUGCAAAUGACCACGUUUUCCAAACCUCACCAGGACUGUUUGGAAAAGAAAUGAACCUUCAAUGUCACAAAACUCUCAGCGGGAGACAAGACAUUUGGUCGACACUUCCUACAAAUACAACCAGAGACAACUCAGUAUCUUACAGUGAUAGCCACAUGGUAAAGGGAUCCCUCCAUAUCACAGAAGAAUGUGAAACACGGGACAAAAUGAAACAUGCUACCUUUGAGUUCUGGGGACAGGAAGCAUUGAAAGAUGUUUGGAUAAAGGCAUGUGCCUCCUUUGUUAGAACAAGGCUUUUACUUCAGAUUACACAGUUGCAACAGUCAUCCUUUGCUCUGGAUCAGAAUUUAAAGGUUCAACAGGAAACUGAAGACAAAGUAAAAGGUUUUGGUUUAAAGGAAGAAUCCUUGUUAUUGAUUACUAAGGUUAUGGGGGAGGAUCUCAUUCCAGAAAAACUGAAAGAGGAUGGUCAGGAAGAGAUAAAAUGUGUAGGCCCUUCAGCACUGACAUCCUUGGUAACUACAUCAGCUAUAGAAUUUGAAGGCAAAUGGUUCAAAAAGCUCCAAGACAGUUUGUCACUUUGACAGACAGUUCUUCCCAGAUAUGUAUUCCAGCAUAAGUAAUUUACCGGCUAUUGUUGUAUUUAUUUUUUUUAUCUUCUCUACCUCUAAUGAUGAUGGAAUAACUUAUGGAAUAAAGUUCAUAUUACUUUAAAAUAAAGUAACGUGAUUGUAUGUCUUGUAAGAACAUAUAUUGGCUGCAUUUAUAAUCAUCAGUCAGUCUCCUUGCAUACUUGUUGGCUUUUUCUUUCUGUGCUACAGCAUUUCCAAUAGACGUAACAGAUUCGGUUUAAAACUGGGCCACGGCAAGUGACAAUUCUCAGUCUUCAAAGGCAUAUUGCAACACGGAACAUCACAAAGUUUUACUUUUUGGGCACACCUCACCUAGGAUUUCUUUGCAGCUCUGAAGUCCUUAGGGGAAUCUCACCGCAAUAUCUAGCAAGAAAUUUCUUCAGUGUUUGGUUUUAUCUUGCUAUAUUUAGAGCUGUGGAAUUAGCAGUUUCUUAUUUUAAAAUCUGGUGGGUAUGUUUUUAAAAUUAAUAUUUCUUUAUAAGUAGAGAGAUUUCUACUAUUCAAAUUCAGAUAGCUGGGAACCUUAGUAUAUUAAGUUGUAUUCAGAACAUUUUCAAUAAGGAGCAACUCUCUGAUUUUUUAAAAACAUAAUGCUAAAAUGUUCCUUCUAGUCUGCACAGUGAGUCUCUCUAAGACUAAUGGGUUUUAUAUGCAAGUGUAGAACUCACUAUACAUCUCCACUUUUGCUUGUGCAGAGGGCUCAGAGUAAUAAGUUUCUGAGGCUAUACGUAUUGGAGAGAACUUAGUCUGAUAGUACUCUUUGUGAAAUUGUACAAGAGAAAAAUGCAGCUCAGUUGAUCCUACUACAAACCAGUUCUCUCGUCUGUACAGAUUUUUCAUGUUAAACCUUCAGUUUAUAAUGAAUCCAGACACCUGGUUGCUUUAAGUUUAAAAGCAGUGAAAUUACAUGGUUUGGACUUGUUCUGUGCUUUGGAAAAGGCAGAGAUCUUUAUUUGGUUUUCUCUGAUCAACAUAGUUUGCAUUCCAGGCAACCAAGGUGUGCUCUUAAUUAAAAAAGAAAUGUAUUCCCUACUCCUGUUCAAACAUUGAAUGUAUUCUGUUCUCAUUAAUUUUUCAUUAGCUGUUACCAAAUCAAAAUUUACUCUUUCAGCAUAAUGACGUUGUCGUCUUGUGGAUUUUCCUCAUCUUGUGCUUGCCUUUCUUUUCAAUGUACUAAAGAAUGCUGAAGCUUUUAAAAACAAAUUCACUGGACUGUAAUCCCACACUCAAAAUCACGCUUCCCUGCUCAUUUUAAAUGGAGUUCAGAACUUUAAAGCAAUUGUUCAGAGUUGUCUGUAAUGCUCAUUAAUCAUUUGUGUUCAGUAAAAGUUAAAUAUUUGGGCUUCUCCAGGGG